CCAUUGGAUCAGCCAAGACGCUUUACUCUACGUUAUCUUUCACGUUGUCAUUGUUGCUACAUCUGCCGACCCAAGGCUUAAUUACUAGGAGCUGACAUAGAAUUUGUGUAUUAGACAAGAGACCUGACGUUUAAGCAGCGUCAGCUGCUCUCAUUCGCCGUUAUACACACACGGGGCUGCGUCUCUCGAGGCAUCUGGACACCUCCGACCCUAUCUCUCAGUACUCAUACCUCAUCUGGCUAUCCCGUUUUCCUUGCCUGACAUGGGCUUUCUUGCCGACUUCGACGAUAGACAAACACAACUAGAGUCCGAGGCCGAUGCCUACCAUCCUUAUGAAUAUCAAACAGAUAAUAACGAUUCCUGGGCUGGCGCCCUCCCGGUGAAGCAAGGAUUGUACGAUCCGAGCUUGGAAAAAGAUGCGUGUGGUGUCGGUUUCGCUUGCCAUAUCAAGGGCAAGGCAAGCCACAAAAUUGUUAGCGAUGCGCGAAACCUCCUUUGCAACAUGACCCAUCGUGGUGCGGUUGGUUCUGAUGCUCGAGAUGGCGAUGGUGCUGGUGUUAUGACAUCUAUUCCCCACAAGUUCUUUAUCAAAAACUUCGAAAAGGAGGAAGGCAUUAAACUGCCUCCUCUGGGACAAUAUGCUGUGGGAAACCUUUUCUUCAAGCCGGAUGAGGAGACUUUGCAGGAGUCGAAGAGGCAGUUGGAAGAUAUUGCCGAAUCGCUGGGGUUAAGAGUUUUGGGUUGGCGAUCACCCCCUGUAGACUCUUCUCUCCUUGGUCCUGCUGCGUCUUCGCGCGAGCCAUUCAUUCUCCAGCCUUUUGUUGUUCUUGCUUCUGCGUAUGGCUCUGGAAAUGCUCCUGAAAUGACGGACCCAGAGAAAUUCGACGAGCGACUAUUCGAACGACAGUUGUAUGUCCUUCGGAAGCGUGCUACCCACUCCAUCGGCCUCCAUAACUGGUUCUACCUAUGCUCGCUGUCCAACAAAAAUAUUGUCUACAAGGGACAGCUUGCUCCUAUCCAAGUAUACCAGUAUUACCAUGAUCUGGUAAAUGCUGAUUACGAGGCCCAUUUCGCCCUUGUACACUCUCGUUUCUCCACGAACACCUUCCCCUCGUGGGAUCGUGCUCAACCCCUGAGAUGGGCAGCCCACAAUGGUGAGAUUAACACGCUCCGCGGUAACAAGAACUGGAUGCGCGCCCGAGAGGGUGUUAUGCAAUCCGAUAUUUUCGGUGAUGAGCUUGAGCACCUGUACCCGAUUGUCGAGGCUGGUGGCUCUGACUCGGCUGCUUUCGACAAUGUGUUAGAGCUGCUUACUAUUAAUGGUGUUCUUUCAUUACCCGAGGCCGUCAUGCUGAUGGUUCCCGAGGCCUGGCAAGGUAAUACUGCUAUGGACCCUAAGAAAGCCGCAUUCUAUGAAUGGGCAGCUUGCCAAAUGGAACCGUGGGAUGGCCCUGCUCUCUUUACGUUCGCAGAUGGUCGAUUCUGCGGUGCCAACCUAGAUCGAAAUGGUCUCCGUCCUUGUCGGUACUAUAUCAUGGAUGAUGACCGCAUUAUCUGUGCUUCGGAAGUCGGUACUAUCCACGUUGACCCUGAACGGGUUAUUCAAAAAGGUCGGCUACAACCAGGCCGCAUGCUUCUUGUUGAUACCCAAGCUGGACGCUUGAUCGACGACUCGGAGCUUAAGGCGACUGUCUCUAGCCGAGCUGACUUCCAUUCCUGGAUCGACCAGGAGCUUAUUAGCUUACCAAAGGUCCUAAGUCAAGUAUCGGAUAAGCUGGCCGUAGACAUUGCAGCGAAGCCAGACUCUACUCGCCUCCAAGAAGACCCUCUAUUGCUUGCUUUUGGAUAUACUUAUGAACAGGUCAGCCUGCUCCUCGCACCAAUGGCAUCGGACGAGAAAGAAGCAUUGGGAUCCAUGGGUAAUGAUGCGCCGCUGGCUUGCCUUUCUCAAGCCCCCCGUUUGCUCUAUGAAUACUUCCGACAGCUUUUCGCUCAGGUCACUAAUCCCCCUAUUGACCCUAUCCGAGAGUCUAUCGUUAUGUCCCUGGAAUGCUAUGUCGGACCGCAGGGUAACUUGCUCGAGAUGGACUCUUCUCAGUGUGCCCGAUUACUACUCCCAAGCCCGAUCCUGUCAAUCCCCGAAUUCAAUUCCCUGACCAACAUGUCCAAGAUUCACCCCGAAUGGACUGUGAAGAUGAUCGAUCUCACUUUCCCGAAAUCGGAGGGUACUGCUGGAUACCUGAAGCAUCUUGACUUUAUUUGCGACGAGGUUACGGCUGCCAUUGAAGCUAGGGAUCGAAUUAUCGUUCUCUCCGACCGAAAGACCUCUGCCGACCGCGUAGCCGUCUCAUCACUUUUAGCUUCGGGUAUGGUUCACCACCAUCUUGUCAGCAACAAGUGGCGAUCUAUGGCGGCAAUUGUGAUCGAGACUGCAGAGGCCCGCGAAGUUCACCAUAUGUGUGUCCUGCUCGGCUAUGGCGCUGAUGCUAUCAACCCAUACCUUGCGAUGGAGUGUAUUCUAAAGCUCAACCGCGAGGGCUUGAUCCGAAAGAAGCUUUCCGACGAUACUCUUAUCGCUAAUUACAAACACUCAUGCGACGGUGGUAUCCUCAAGGUCAUGAGCAAGAUGGGUAUCUCCACUUUGGCCAGUUAUAAGGGUGCUCAGAUCUUCGAGGCUUUAGGUGUUGACGACGAGGUUGUGGAGCGAUGCUUUAGGGGCACGGCUUCUCGUAUCAAGGGUCUCACUUUCGAGCUCAUUGCCGAAGACGCGUUCCGCUUCCACGAGCGCGGAUUCCCCUCUCGAUACACCGUCGGAGUUCCUGGUCUGCCAGAAUCCGGCGAAUACCACUGGCGUGAUGGUGGUGAGGCACACAUUAACGACCCGACUUCUAUCGCGAAUAUCCAAGAUGCCGUCCGCACCAAGAACGACAAGUCGUACGAGGCUUACUCUCGCUCGGAGUACGAGCAGAUCAAGGCCUGCACCCUGCGCGGCAUGCUUGACUUUAAAUUUGAGGAGAGCAACCCAAUUCCGAUUGAGCAGGUAGAGCCGUGGACGGCUAUUGUUACGCGAUUCUGCACGGGUGCCAUGUCUUAUGGUUCUAUUUCCAUGGAGUCUCACUCUACUCUAGCUGUUGCCAUGAACAGAUUGGGUGGCAAGUCGAACACCGGUGAAGGUGGCGAGGAUCCUGAGCGGUCGCAACUAAUGCCCAACGGUGACACGAUGCGAUCUGCUAUCAAACAGGUCGCUUCUGGACGAUUUGGUGUCACGUCAGCAUACCUUGCCGAUUCCGAUGAGCUGCAGAUCAAGAUGGCACAGGGCGCCAAGCCUGGCGAGGGUGGUGAACUUCCUGGUCACAAGGUCUCGAAGUCUAUUGCUCGAACCCGUCACUCGACCCCUGGUGUCGGUCUUAUCUCGCCUCCUCCUCACCACGAUAUCUACUCCAUCGAAGAUUUGAAGCAACUCAUCUACGAUCUAAAGUGUUCAAGCCCCCGCUCUCGCGUCUCUGUCAAGCUCGUCUCCGAGACUGGUGUCGGUAUUGUCGCUUCUGGUGUCGCAAAGGCUAAGGCCGACCACAUUCUUAUCUCUGGACAUGAUGGUGGUACUGGUGCUAGUCGGUGGACUGGUAUCAAGUACGCUGGUCUACCAUGGGAGCUUGGUCUUGCCGAGACCCAUCAGACUCUCGUCCUGAACGAUCUGCGUGGCCGAGUUGUUGUCCAGACCGAUGGUCAACUCCGAACUGGACGUGACGUUGCCAUCGCUUGUCUGCUUGGUGCUGAAGAAUGGGGUUUCGCUACCACUCCGCUGAUCGCCAUGGGAUGUAUCAUGAUGAGGAAGUGCCAUCUUAACACUUGCCCGGUGGGUAUUGCUACUCAGGACCCAGAGCUUCGCAAGAAGUUCAAGGGUACACCUGAGCAUGUGAUUAACUUCUUCUACUACGUUGCCAACGAGCUCCGAGCUAUCAUGGCCCAACUUGGUUUCCGAACAAUCAACGAGAUGGUGGGACAUGUCGAGUGCUUAAGGGUCCGGGAUGACCUACGAACCAAUAAGACCGCCAACAUUGACCUCUCACUUAUCCUUACUCCUGCUCACAAGCUCCGACCUGGUGUUGCGACAUUCAACGUCCGAAAGCAGGACCACCGUCUAUAUGUCCGACUUGACAACAAGCUCAUCUCGGAAGCUGAGUUAACCCUUGACAAGGGACUUCCGUCUCGCAUCGAGUGUGAUAUUGUCAAUACCGACCGAGCUAUGGGCACAUCCCUAUCUUACCAGAUUUCCAAGCGCUACGGAGAAGCUGGUCUGCCAAUGGAUACUGUGCAUGUCAAUAUCAAGGGCUCUGCCGGUCAGUCUUUUGGUGCCUUCCUUGCUCCCGGUGUUACGUUAGAACUGGAAGGCGAUGCCAACGACUAUGUUGGUAAGGGUCUGUCAGGUGGUCGGCUCAUUAUCUAUCCUCCUCGGUCGGCUGUGUUCAAGGCUGAAGAGAACAUCUUAAUCGGCAAUGUCUGCUUAUACGGAGCUACUAGCGGUACCUGCUUCUUCCGAGGUGUUGCUGCCGAGCGUUUCGCUGUCAGGAACUCAGGUGCUACGGCCGUCGUUGAAGGUGUCGGUGACCAUGGUUGUGAGUACAUGACUGGUGGUCGUGUUGUCAUCUUGGGAAGCACUGGUCGCAAUUUCGCUGCUGGUAUGUCGGGUGGCAUCGCCUAUGUUCUUGACAUCCACGACGACUUCAUUGCCAAGCUUAACACGGAGAUGGUUGAAGCGUCCGAGGUCGAUGACCCCACUGAGAUUGCCUUCCUUCGUGGACUAAUUGAGGACCACCACCAUUACACCGGAUCUGAGCUGGCUGCUCGCAUCCUUGUAGACUUUAACAGGGCACUCCCGCGCUUUGUUAAGGUCCUUCCGGUUGACUACAAGCGAGUCCUCGAGGAAGAAGCCGCCAAAGCCGCCGAGGCUAAGCGUGCCGAGUACAACCUCCCCAUCGUGUCUGGUGUCCAGGCUAAGAAGGAGGAGAAGGCUGCCAAGCUUCAGGAUAUCGAAGAGACCGUCGGUGAUAAUGCUGCCGAGAAGAAGCGUGCUCUUGUUCUUGACAAGACUAAAGGAUUUAUGAAAUACCAGCGUCGAUCCGAGAAGUACCGUAGCGUCAAGACGAGGACCAAGGAUUGGGCUGAGCUCUCUCAACGCUUGAACGAAGACGAGCUCAAGUACCAGUCAGCGCGAUGCAUGGACUGCGGUGUUCCCUUCUGUCAAUCCGAGACAGGAUGUCCUAUCUCCAACAUUAUCCCGAAAUGGAACGAACUGGUAUUCCAGAACCAAUGGCAGGAUGCCCUCAAUCGUCUGCUCAUGACCAACAACUUCCCCGAAUUCACUGGCCGUGUCUGCCCUGCGCCGUGUGAAGGUGCCUGCGUUCUUGGUAUCAAUGAGGACCCUGUUGGUAUCAAGUCCAUCGAGUGUGCAAUCAUCGACCGCGGUUUCGAGAUGGGCUGGAUGGUCCCGCGACCGCCUGAGGUCCGAACUGGCAAGAAGGUUGCCAUCAUCGGUUCCGGACCAUCUGGUCUUGCCUGUGCCGAUCAGCUAAACAAGGCCGGUCAUACCGUCACUGUUUACGAGCGCGCUGACCGAGUUGGUGGUCUCCUCAUGUACGGUAUCCCCAACAUGAAGCUUGACAAGCGUGUCGUAAAGCGCCGAACAGAUUUCAUGGCUGCCGAAGGUGUACAGUUCAAGACUGGAGUCACCGUUGGUGAGGACAUUACUCUAAUGGACCUCAAGGCAAAGAACGAUGCUGUCGUUAUUGCCACCGGUGCUACUGUUGCCCGAGACCUUCCUAUCAAGGGCCGCAACCUCGAGGGCAUCCACUUUGCCAUGGAGUUCUUACACAAGAACACCAAGUCUCUACUCGAUUCCGAGCUGGCUGAUAAUGCUUACCUUUCUGCCAAGGACAAGCACGUUGUGGUCAUCGGUGGUGGCGACACUGGUAACGAUUGUAUUGGCACUUCAGUCCGUCAUGGUGCCAAGUCGGUCAUCAACUUCGAGCUUCUGCCCCAGCCUCCGCCGCAGCGUGGCCGUGACAACCCCUGGCCGCAGUGGCCCCGCAUCUACCGUGUCGACUACGGCCACACGGAAGUGGCUCAGCACAUGGGCAAGGAUCCCCGUGAAUACUGCAUCAUGUCCGAGGAGUUCGUGGACGACGGUAGCGGCCGUGUCAAGGGCAUUAACACCAUCCGUGUUGAGUGGACUAAGUCCGCUACUGGCGGUUGGGAUAUGAAGAAGCUCGAAGACACCAAGCAAUUCUUCCCCGCUGACCUUGUCCUCCUUUCUAUGGGUUUCCUCGGUCCCGAGGCCCGCGUUCUCGGUGAUGAGAUCGAGAAGGAUGCUCGAAAGAACGUCAAGACUCCUCCCGGCUCCUACGCCACCAACGUGCCUGGUAUCUUCGCGGCUGGUGACUGCCGCCGUGGACAGUCUUUGAUCGUCUGGGGCAUCAACGAAGGACGACAAGCUGCUCGCGAGGUCGAUCUAUACCUAGAGCGCUACACCAAUCUACCCGUUACCGGCGGUAUCGUAAAGCACACCGCGCAAGAGAUUUUUAGUGCCGCUGCGGCGUAAAUGUACUACUCCCACCAAAGCAAAAUAAGAACAAUCCAAAAAAAAAAAAAAAAAAAAAAAAA